GUAGUUCUCGUAUAUAAAAAGAGAAUCUGAGGGUCAGUUAAGUCAUAUCGUUCCUACAGCCAUCCACUGAAAAUAAUAAACCUGAUAAAUAUUCCACCCAAGAAAUCCUGACUUUAUUCACCAUUCAAACAAGAACUUAUUCAUAUUUAUACCGUUUCUCCCCCAAAAUAUGGCUCCUAAUUUAAAAAUAUUAAUAUUUGGGUUGCUCAUUUUCUUUUCAGCCUUUCCCUAUCUUACCGACGCAGCAGAUUGUUCGCAACUCUACGCUAAAAAAUGCGACGCCCACCUUCCCCACCCGACACAAGUCCCCGUCGUGUCGUACGACGGGGACGACGCGAUCUAUAUAUUCGGCGGGUGUCGCUGGACACUUUCUGGGCCUGACGUAUAUUCCAAUGAGAUUUUAAAGUACACCAUAUCCACCGAUACCAUUCAACUCGUCGCCCACCUCCCAUUCGGUGUGUACCUCGGCACCUUGACGGCUGACGGGCUCGGAAACUACUUCUACUUCGGGGGUGCAAUACCCGGCUAUAAUUCCCAUUAUGUCAUCAAGUUUAAUUCCUACACCAACCAGGUCGACAUAGUUAACCGGAUUCCGUACUACUUCCACUAUUCGGCGUCCUUCGCGGUCGAUCAAUCUACGGCGUACGUCAUGGCAGGAAAUUUGUUUCAGGAAGGUGUAAUUAAGUUUGACAUGCAGACCUACGCUUGGGAACAGAUGGCCGACCUUCCCACCAAGUUUCGGACAGCGGUCGCAUUUUGGGAUAAGAACAAGCAAGCUGCGUACGUUUUUGGGCAGGGGAAUGCCGCCGUGAGCCCGCCCUAUGAUCAGGUGAUCCAUGAACCCGCGCCGGAUUAUGGGCAGAUUUACAACUUUCAAAUUCCCGACGACUAUUUGAAUGUUCCCGCCGUGUCGAAUGACGAGACUGAUGGAUUUGUUGUGGGAGGAUUUAAACCGACGGAGAGCCUAUUUUGGUUUCAAAUGCAGAGUUGGACUGGGAAAUAUUGUCCAGUCGUGGGGCUUCCGGGAGGGGACGAUGUUCUCUUUUCGAGAACGGGGAUAGCCUUCGUGCCGAAUUUGAAUCGUCUUUACGUGUUUGGAGGGGCCAGUCAAAAUUUAAAUAAUUAUUUGGAAACUACACACGAUACCAUUUGGGUUAUUGAUGUUGACUUGUAAUUUUUUUUGGUGAGGUUUGAGAAAUAAAUAAAUUUUUUGAAACCAUCACCCAUCAUCUAAAUGCAAUUAUUACGUGUUAUAUUAAAUCUGUAUAUGUUUUAUUAAAUUUGUCUAUCUAAAUAAUUAAUUCGGGUAUCAAGAAAUCGUUGUCGUAUCGUAGAAAUUUAAGAUAACUAUUUAAAAUUACAAACCAACUUUACUGUAUGUAAUUAUAUUAUUUUUUGAUUAUGUAACUAAAAGCUGUAACCUAUAUUAAUCAUUGAAUGAUGAAUAGAAAGUGUAUGAUCUAGUAUUUCCUACUAGAUAGGGUUUGAUCUUAUCGUAAAAUGUAAUGGAUUGACUAAAGGAAUGAAUAAAUCCGUAUUAUUAUUAUAGUAUCAA